AUGGCCUCAGGCAUAACUAUUAAAGGCCCGCACGUGAUCCCCCCCGGUUUGGAGAAGUUAAAGCCCAUCACCCGCGACCACCCCAAAAUGAGGGGUUUCCCAAGAACCUUUCUUGAUGUCCUCCUCUUAAAACAGCCUAUCUACUGCCAGCACAUCAUGGAUACAGUAGCAUCAGAGAUGAAUCGCUUGUACUCAGUGUUCUGUGAGCGCAACCCAGCCUUCAGUGGACAAGUGUCUCUGGGUGGCCAUUCACUUGGUUCUGUCAUCUUGUUCGACCUACUCAUGCACCAGUCACCAAACUCUGACGAUACACUCGACAGCACUCUCUCUUCCCCUAAGGAUGAUCACGAUGAUUGCCGGAAGGAUCGUGGUGAUUCAAUCACUUCACCAGUGGACUACCUUAUGGGAGCAGCAGGAACAGGCCAGCCAUCCAUUGUAUAUCCACAAAUCAGCUUCAAACCAGAAGCCUUGUUCCUUAUGGGAUCACCAAUUGCAAUGUUCAUUACUGUUCGAGGUAUAGACACCAUAGGACCUGAUUUCCAACUACCCACAUGCAAGAGAGUCUUCAAUAUCUUCCAUCCAUUUGACCCUGUGGCAUAUCGCCUGGAGACACUGAUUGACCCGAGCCUCACAGAGGUUCGGCCAGUGCUGGUACCCCAUCACAAGGGAAGGAAGCGCAUGCAUCUUGAGUUGAAGGAAACAAUUGAGCGUGUGGGAACAGAAUUCAAGCAGAAAAUAGUGGAUUCCAUUCAGAACACUUGGAACCGUCUCUACCAGCUGUACAGUGGCACUCCUGCCAGCCAGAGCCUACACCAGCAUGUUGAUGAGGCACUAGCAGAUCAUCUGUACCCGGAGGAGGAGGAGGAUGGACAGCCAGGCAGCGGAGGGGAGCUGAAGAUUCCAGUGGGCUGCCUCAACCAGGGCCGGAGGAUAGAUUACGUGUUGCAGGAGAAACCUUACGAGAGCUUCAAUGAAUACAUCUUUGCUCUGCAAGCUCAUGUUACUUACUGGGAGUCAGAAGACACUAUGCUCCUCAUGCUAAAAGAGCUAUAUGAGCCUCAGGGGAUUCUUUGUGAUGCAGAGAUCAACAGGAAGCAGAUACCAUCAACAAGCCAGCUUGGGUUGAAUGGUGACCCUGGCUUGGGCUCUGCUUCACUGAGUCCUUCCACUCCCCCAGUCUCUCGUGCUAGUCCCCCGCAGCUCGUUCCUACUGAUUACAGCGACACAACCUCACAUCUCACCGAGCCAGUACCACUGCUCUCUGCCACCAUGUCUAGCCCUGUAUUACCAUCUGUUAUGCUACCACCCAUAAACUCUGCGCCGUCUGGCACAUUGAAUGAGGGACCACGGGUGAUCAGUGGACGGCCCGUGGUGGACGUAACCUUACAGCAGACGGUUGGCAUGGACCCUACACUCAGACCAGUCGACAAACCUGUAGUUGGCCCACCACCUAAGAUUCCAGGUGGAACUUUUGUUAGGACGUCUCCUUUCAGAAGAUGAACCACAGCUGAAACUUGCUUUUAAACACAUUGAAAAUUAAAAUUGUUUUUCAGUACAAUAUUUGCAUGACUGUUAUAUUGUUAUUUAAAAAUAUUUAGAAGAAUUUAUUUUCUGAGUACAUAAUGAAAGAUUUAUUUAUGCUUUGUACAUCAAAUAGCACAGAUUUAGUGCAGUAAAUCCUCAUAUUUGUAGCAUAUUUUUUUUUUUUAGAACAAAAAUAAAAUAGAAAAUUAAGAAUUUGUAUAUUAAUUAUUGUAGGUUCAGUUAAUGUAAUCAGAAUUACCCCAUUUUCAUAUGCAGUGUAAGUAACCAGUUACAAGGAAAUAACAGAUGAAUCUUUUGUUUGACAUUAUUGGCUACAUUUUUAAUUCAGUGCUUAGAAUGUCGGUGACCCUUUACUCUGUAAGUUGUGUGGUCAGAGACAAUACACUCAGUAGAGUAACCUUUACUUUCUGUAAAUUGGAGCUUGUGGCCAGAGAGACAAUACACUUGGUAAAAUUGAACAAAAUUGUUUUGCUGUAAUUGCACAUGCAAAAUAGGUGUUCCAGCAUGUAUAGAGCCAUUGUCACCAAUAAUUAUAUUGCUAAGAGCUUCAUCUAGUGUCAGUUAGUAUGGUAUUAAAAUAUCUAGGUUAAAUAUUAUAUUAUUAUUAUUAUUAUUAUAAUCAAGGGGGAAGUGCUAAACCCGGAGGAUUAUACAGCGCCUGGGGAGGGGGGGAUGUGGAAGGCAUUCAGGCUUAAUUCGGGGAACUGGAGCACAGAUCCAAUUCCCUAAAUCAAGAGCCCCUCACCAACAUCAAGGAACCUUCCUUGAGGGGUUUAAAUAUUAUAGAUUUAAUUAUUUUUCUAGUGAGAUAUUACAUUCCUUGGACAAAAUUGGUGGUUUGGAAGCAAAUUUAAAUGUUAUCUUAGUUUAGUUUUUGACACUGAAGCUACAACUUGCAGAAGAAGCUGCAUGUUAUGUUCCAGGCAGCCACAGUCCAUUAUAAAAUCAUAAUAGCCCAGGACAGACCAAUGCAUUGUUUAAAGUUUUCUCUCCAUGUUGUAGGUUGUGAAUUGUUUCUGACAAAUGGUAUUGUGACUUUUAUUCAUCUUUCAAAUUUUUUGAAGAAAUUUCUACUAUAGCCUCCUUUGAACAUAUGAAAGACUUUAAGGAAUGAACUGGGCUACAUAGGUAGAGUUUUCCUAUUCAGUGUUUUGCAAUGCUUGUAUUGCUGUUGUGUGAUCCUAAACUGCUUCAGUGUUCUUAGUGCCCUCAUGAUACUGUUUGUCUUACACUGUUCCUACUUGUAAGUUUCCUCUCUUAUUCUUCCUUAUGUGGUACAGCCUCCACUGACUCAAAUAUUGCACAACAAUAAUACUAAGUAAAUCAUUGAAAAAGUAAAAUCUAAACCUGAUGAUGCAGUUGUCAGUUCUGUAGUUCAGUAUUUAUUUGUCUUAACAGUUUUAAAUUGUUGAUACUUUUUGUGUUAACUUUAAGUGCAACAUUUCUUAAUAAUCUAAAUCAGAUAUAUGAGGGUCCACUGUACUGUAGUAUGUUAUUUUGGUGUGCUUAAUGUUAUUUAUUUAUUUUGUUACUAUGAUUUUUAUAGUACACUGUUUAAUACAGUAUCCAGACAACUUUGUUAGUAGUUUAUCAAAAGAAAUUUUAGAGUACAGUUUUUCUUCUAAAUUUGCUAGUUGACCCAACAAUCACUAUGAGAAACUCUACUUUAUCAACCUAGGUACAAUGAGUUUAUAUUUUUGUACUGUGUCUAUCAAUAUGAUUAAGUUAGUCAUAGUUCUUCAUAUGUCUAUAAUUAAAAAACAAAUAAUAAAAGGUCCAGCAAGUAUGUACUCACCUUUUUGUGGUGCAGCAGCCAAGUCUCAGUUCCUGGUCCUGCCUUUUAUACUGGCUGUCAGGGCCUCCAAGAGAAAUUUUGCAAGGCAGAGCAAGACUGCUUUGGGGCCCCUGGGGGCAGGCUGAGGCUUCUUUCAAAGUUGAUAAUUUGAAGUCCAAUAAAACCAUUGGUAAAUUUUCAUAAA